GUCACCUCUCAGGCAUCCUUAGGAUUGAGAGUCCGGAAAUACCGGAUAGUGUUUGGAGGGUUUUAGGAUUUUAGGCUCUUGGGGUCUGUAUAUUUUGUGGCGUUAAAGUCAAGAGAUAUCCCGGGCACGAUGAGCGGAUUCCGGCAGGAGAAUGUGGAGGAAUUUUUUGAGAUGGGAGAGGAGUUGGGCAGUGGUCAGUUUGCAAUUGUCCGAAAAUGCAAGGAACGCAGGACAGGGGUAGAAUAUGCAGCCAAGUUUAUCAAGAAAAGACGACUGUCCUCAAGCCGACGGGGAGUAAGCCGAGAAGAGAUUGAAAGAGAGGUGGACAUCCUCCGUGAGAUUCAGCACCCCAAUAUCAUUACCCUGCAUGAUGUGUUUGAGAACCGAACUGAUGUGGUGCUGAUCUUGGAGCUGGUGUCUGGAGGAGAGCUCUUUGAUUUCCUUGCACAGAAGGAGAGUCUGAGUGAAGAGGAGGCUACGAUGUUCCUGAAACAGAUUCUAGACGGGGUCCAUUACCUGCACAACAAGAGUAUUGCACACUUUGACCUUAAGCCAGAAAAUAUCAUGCUUUUGGAUCAGAGUACUCCUAACCCACGAAUCAAACUCAUAGAUUUUGGAAUUGCUCAUAAGAUACAAGCGGGGAAUGAAUUCAAAAAUAUCUUCGGAACGCCGGAAUUUGUUGCUCCCGAAAUCGUAAACUAUGAACCUUUAGGCCUGGAGGCUGAUAUGUGGAGCAUCGGAGUCAUCACUUAUAUUCUACUAAGUGGUGCAUCGCCCUUCUUGGGAGAGACAAAGCAAGAGACUUUGACUAAUAUUUCAGGUGUUAAUUAUGAUUUUGACGAGGAAUAUUUUAGCAACACAAGCGAGUUGGCCAAGGAUUUCAUACGCAGGCUUCUGGUUAAGGACCCUAAGAAACGGAUGACCAUUGAUCAGAGCCUGGAGCACUCGUGGAUUAAGGCAAUCAAACGGCGGAAUGUGCGUCAUGAGGAUAGUGGAAAGCGUCCUGAACGCCGCCGGUUGAAGACAACACGUCUGAAGGAAUACACCAUCAAAUCCCAUUCCAGCAUGCCCCCUAAUAACACAUAUGUUAAUUUUGAGAGGUUUAGUCGUGUGCUUGAGGAGCUAGGAGCUGCUGAGGAUGCACUAAAGGAGUUGCAGAAAACUCAGACUACUUCUCGUGAAGACUUGGCUGCUCUGCGCUCCAUCUAUGAGGAGAAAGAGAGUUGGUAUCGGGAGGAGCAAGAGGGGGUCGGACGUGAGCUUGUGGUGCUCCGGCAGGAGUUGCAGCGUGAGGAAGGACAAAGGCACCAGGCACAAGAAGAGCUACGGAGUGCCAUGCACAGCGCCAAUAGCCUGAAGAGGAAGUUUGGGCGCCUGGAAAACCGUUACGAAGCACUUGCUGCCCAAGUUACAGCAGAGAUGAACUUUGUAGAAGAAUUACUUAAAACCAUUGAACUAGAGAGGGAAGGGGAGAGAGGAGUGUGUUAAGGGAAAAUAAAUCAGUGGGUUAUGAAAAAUGAGGGUAUUGGAGAAAGGGGGGCAGUGAAUGGACAUCUGCUGGUAAGGAAAAGAAACUAAGUCUGAAGGAAAGAGGAAAGUGCGCUUAUAUGAAAAGGGAAUUUUGAUGCAGGGAAGGGAGCCAGAGUGUUACUGUGCCUAGGAAAGGGAAUUGGGGAGGCGUCACUGCCUCACGACUAUGUCCAAACACAUUCUUGUAUGUUAUUCAUUCCUGCUAUUUCUUACACUAGUCUUUCAGCUGCACGAAAUUAAAAGUAUGUACUUUGCACAAUAUAUCUAUAACUCUGUACCAAGAGUAUCAAAUACCACUUUAAGAGAUGCACCAAAAAGCAGAAGAGGAGCGCACAUGUUAUAAUAAAUAGUUUUAUGAGUAGAACUAGACACUGGUUAGCAACUUAAUAUUUUUGUUCGGUGUUGUUGUCAAUGAGGUGAAUUUUUUAUCUAUAGUUUCUUAAACCAGGCAUUCCAAGAAUUCUUUAUUCGUUAUUUUAUACCAGGCCUUGUUCGUGUGUAAACUUGAGACAAAAUUUCACUUCAAACAACAAAAGGAAGAAGGGGAAAAAAAAGAAGAAACGUGGUCUUAAUUAAGAAAUAUUUUUACACACGAUUUAUUCAUUAUCACAAAACGUCCAUUACAGCUUUGUGUGCAUUUAAUAUUUAAAGGCAAGAAGGAAAAAAAAAAUUGCACAAACUGUUGUACAUUAUUUGAGGAGGGUUCUUAACUCUGACCUUUAUUAAUAUACAUAUGUGGCAAGAGGUGAGGUGUUGUAUCUCUCCUCUGUAGCAGAAAGGAAUGAUAUUAUAUUUAUCUGUUAAAGAACUUGUACAAUGGAACUUUAACAUUAAAAUACAUUUUUAAUAUAAA